CAAAACUCAACCUAACUUUUGCAUCCACCACAUUGAUUUGAAGAAAAAAUAGGCUCCAUGUUUUUCUCCAGCGUGCCUAAAGUUAAUACAAGAAGGCAGGCUCUAGAGAAGGGAAGAAGCAGUAGAGAAAAAGAGAGUCCAGGCCAGAGUAUCCUGUCCAAACACCUCAAGAAAAUCUACCCAAUUGGGCUGCAAAGAAGCAAUUCUUCAUUAUCCCUGUCAUCCUUAUCAUUGUCUCUUUCAGAAAACUCCAAUGACUCUUCUACUUCUAUUACAGAUUCUGGCACUCCUCUUGAACAGAAGAUCUCACUAGCCUUACGCUUGAUUGCUACCCCUGAGAGAAAAGAGUUCUCGGUUGCUAAAAGUGUCUCACAGCAGCAGCUACAACAGACUCAGGAUUCUAGCAAUGGAGAGGUAAAGAGGUGCAAUUGGAUUACAACGAAUAGCGAUAAAGUGUAUGUGUCAUUCCAUGAUGAGCAGUGGGGAGUUCCAGUCUAUGAUGACAGCCAAUUGUUUGAGUUGCUUGCCCUUUCGGGGAUGCUGAUGGAUUACAAUUGGACUGAAAUCUUGAAAAGAAAAGAACUGUUCAGAGAAGCUUUCUCCGGAUUUGAUCCUAAUAUUGUUGCCAAAAUGGGGGAGAAAGAAAUCACUGAGAUAGCAUCAAACAAAGCUAUCAUGUUAGCAGAAAGUAGAGUGAGAUGCAUAGUAGAAAAUGCCAAGUGCAUACUGAAGGUUGCAAGGGAAUGUGGGUCUUUCAGCAGCUACAUGUGGGGCUAUGUGAAUUACAAGCCAAUGAUAAACAAAUACAAAUACCCAAGAAAUGUGCCUCUUAGGACUCCAAAAGCAGAAGCCAUAAGCAAGGACUUAUUGAAGCAUGGGUUUAGGUUGGUGGGGCCAGUGAUUGUGUACUCAUUCAUGCAAGCAGCAGGACUCACAAUUGAUCAUCUUGUUGAUUGCUACAGACACAGUGACUGUGUAAGCCUGGCUGAAAGACCUUGGAGGCAUAUCUGAAAGUCUACAAAAUGGAUAUAUUUGAAUUUAGGACCUCUUCGGGUUAAGCAAUUGACCUCAGAAUUGGUCACAAUAGGACUGUUAGCUUUCCAGUCAAAUACUAUUAUAAUGUUCUUUUCAUUUUCUUCCAACAACAUAUUUUCAUAUUAAUAAAAUUUUUAACAAACU